UUUUUUGAGGAAAUCAGAAAAGCCAUAGAAGAGAGAGUUAAUUCAAAAGCUUUCAGAGAGACUUGUCUAUUCACACAACUCAGAAAGAAUGUCUACUGUCAUUGGUAUUUCCUUUGGUAACACUACCUCCUCUAUUGCUGCACCAGCCCAAGAUGGUAAAGGUGUUGAAGUCAUCGCUAACCCAGAUGGUGAACGUGCUAUCCCAUCUUCAUUAGCCUAUGUCGGUGAUGAUGAAUACCAUGGUGGUCAAGCUUUGGCUCAAUUGAUUAGAAACCCAAGAAACACAAUCAUCAACUUCCGUGAUUACCUCGGUCAAGCUUACUCAAAAGUUGACCCAACUGUCACUGAACGUGCUGCUCAUGCUGCUGAUUUAGAUGGUAAAAUUGGUUUUGAAAUUACCAAAACUUCUGAAUCUGGUGAAGAAAAAGUUGAAAAAAUCACUGCAGAACAAGCCACUGCUAGACACUUGGGUAAACUAAAAGUUGCUGCUGAAGAUUAUAUCGGUAAGAAAGUUGAAGGUGCUGUCGUUGCUGUCCCAACUGACUUCACUGAAGAACAAAAGGCCGCUUUAGUUAGAGCUGGUGAUGCUGCUGACUUAAAAGUUUUACAAAUAAUAAACGAACCAAGUGCUGCUUUAUUAGCACAUGCUUCAACUGAAGAUCGUUUAGAACAAGAUAAAACAUAUGUUGUUGCUGAUUUUGGUGGUAUUAGAUCUGAUGCUGCUGUUAUCUCAGUCCGUGGUGGUAUCUUAACCAUCUUGGCCACUUCUCAUGAUUACGAAUUAGGUGGUGACAAACUAGAUGCUGCUUUAGCUGAAUUCAUUGCCAAAGAAUUUGAAAAGAAAUACAAAGUUGAUCCAAGAAAAACAGCUCGUUCAUUAGCUAAAUUAAAAGACGCUGCUAUCUUGGCCAGAAAAACUUUAUCAAAUGUUCAAUCAUCAACCAUUUCUAUUGAAUCAUUAGCUGAAGGUAUUGAUUAUCAUUCAACUAUCAACAGAUUACGUUUUGAAUUAGUUGCUCGUAACGUUUUAAGUCAAUUUACUGGCUUUGUUGAAUCAGUUGUUAAGAAGGCUAACUUGGAUGUCUUGGAUAUCGAUGAAGUUUUAUUAGCUGGUGGUGUUUCAAACACUCCAAAAUUAGCUUCAAACGUUGAGUUAUUAUUCCCAGAAUCCACCAUCGUUGUCGCUCCAUCUUUAGACUCUAAAGUUCCAUAUCCAGAAGAAUUAGUUGCCCGUGGUGCUGCUUUACAAGCUUCAUUAUUAGAAAACUUUGAUGAAAAUGAAAUUAAAGAAAGCUUAUCACCAGUCAUUAUUAACACACAACAUUUAAGCAAAGCUAUUGGUAUUGUCAACGGUGCUGGUGAAUUCGUUCCAAUCUUAAAAUCAGAAGCCACUUACCCAAUCCGUCGUAGCAUUCAAUUAGAUGCUCCAAAGGGUGAUGUUUUAAUCACUGUCGUUGAAGGUGAACACCACGUUAAAGAAACCGUUUUGGAUCCUCCAGCUAAAGAUGAAGAUGAUGAAGAUGAUUACUCUGAUGAUGAACCAGAAGUUGUCAGAGAAAAACACUACUUACCAGGUACUAAACUUGCUGAAUUAGCUGUUCGUGAUGUCCAUGAAGGUUCAAAAGUUGAAAUUACUAUCAACAUAAAUAAAGAAGGUACCUUACAAGUUAGUGCCAGAGAAGCUAGACAAGGUUCUGUUGCUUUCAAAGGUGAACUUUCACAUUAGAUAGAGUUGUGCUUUCCGAAAAUUAAUUUGAUACAUUGGGG